AGGUUCCUGCUGUCAUAUAUGGCGGAGGAUCAGCUUCUGAUCGGUGUCAGUGACGGAGAACUGGACCCCAGGAGGUUCCGCUCCUCGGUUCUGACCAACAAAGUCGGGGGGCAGCCAGACUGGCCACCGGUUCUGGCCCCGCGGUCUCCCACGUGUGGUUGUUGUGGGUCCCCUUUGGCCCUCGUGGUCCAGGUGUACUGUCCCCUGCAGGGCUCUUCCUUCCACAGGAUCCUCCACCUGUUCGGCUGCUGCCGGCCAGGCUGCAGCGGGCAGCAGGCUGGUUGGACGGCGCUCCGCUCCCAGUGGGUGGAGGCUCCCUGCCAGCCUCCUCCGCCUCAGGGAGCUUUGCCAUCGGCCACAGACUGGUGUGAGUCCGCUGAUGACUGGGGGAUGGAGGAAGGUGGAGGAGCUGAGGAGCUUCAGGAUGGAGGUCUGCGCACAGAAGUGGGUCGACCCGUUUCCCAGAUGGAUGUCAGCUCUGGACUUGAGCGGCUCAGUCUGGUAGAACCUAAAGAUGUCCCCGUCUACCGGCCACUCUUCAUCAGCGUGCUGGAGGAGUCAGAGCUGGGCGGUGAGGAUGACGAGCUGGAGCACGCUCAGCAGCUUCUAAGAGAAUACGAGAGGAGGGAGGGCGUAGCUGUGCGGGGGUCGGACGAGGGCGGCGGCGAGGAGAAGUACGAGAAGACCAAAGCCAGACAUGGAGACCAUGUGUUCUCCAGGUUCAUGAAGACAAUCUCAACGUGUCCGCAGCAGAUCCUGCGCUACCAGCGCCACGGGACGCCGCUCUUCAUCUCCAAGCCACCGCCCAGCUUAAGUCGGCUCAUUCCCACAUGUGGUUCCUGUGGAGAACCUCGGGUCUUUGAGCUGCAGCUGAUGCCGGCGCUGGUCAGCCUGCUGCAGAGGACGGACGGCGGUGCAGAGGACCAGCUGGAGUUUGGGACGGUGUUGAUUUACAGCUGCAGAGCCAGCUGCUGGACGGUAGGAUCAGAGUCUCCUGUAGAGGAGUUCUGCUGGGUUCAGUCAGACCCAGACCAACAUUUGUUUAAAUGAGUUAUCGCCACAAAGAGGAAGAAGAAAACAUUCAACCGCGGAAGAUUCAAGCAGGUCCACUUCAAACCGAACCCUGAACAAGAAUCCUCAGUGCCUUCAGAACUGGGCUUUGAUCGCCACAUCUGGUUUAAACAGAUUAAAAACUAAAGAAAAGAGGAAAAACAUUGAACUUCUGUUUCACAGAUUCUUUAUUUUACUU